AUGCUGGAUCCGCUAUUGUUCAGCAAGCAUUUAUUUCCGCUUGGAAAUAUUCUGACCCAGAUUCAUUCGAUCGCAAAGGCUGACAUAUUGAAAAAAAUGCGCUUAUACAAGAGAUCCAUAUAG